AGGGAUAGCGGGAAGGGUAGAGGAGCGGUUCGCAAAUAACUUAUCGCUUUCUCUUUCUCUCAAGCUCUUUCUCAGACAUUUAGGAACGGAUGGUAAACACGUCGAACACAGCAAUGGCUGGCCGGACCUUUUGGUCAACUUUGGCUGCAAUGGCACUUCUGCUACUUGUGGUGCAAGGUAACUUCAGUGGCAACGAGGAGUCUGAGCUCAUUGAUGACAUAAUGAAGGGCUACAACAAGAAUAUCCGUCCAUCUGAGUAUCCGGGGGACAAGGUUCAGGUGGAGUUGAAGCUCACCCUGACUAACCUCAUCUCCCUGAAUGAGAAAGAAGAGACCCUCACCACCAAUGUUUGGAUUCUGAUUCAGUGGCAGGACUACCGCCUGGCCUGGAAUGAAUCAAUGUACUAUGGCAUUUCUGUGGUUCGUGUCCCAUACAGUAAAGUGUGGCUGCCAGACAUCGUCCUUGAGAACAAUAUUGAUGGCCAAUUUGAUGUGGCGUACUAUGCUAACGUGCUGAUCUUCAGUAGUGGUCACAUGUACUGGCUCCCACCUGCCAUCUACCGCAGCACCUGUUCUAUAGAGAUCACCUACUUCCCUUUCGACUGGCAGAACUGUACACUGGUCUUCAGGUCUCAGACAUACAGUGCCAAUGAGGUGGAUUUGCUGCUGGCCGUGGAGGAUGGUGUGACCAUUGAGUGGGUGGAGAUAGACCCACAGGCCUUUACUGAGAAUGGAGAAUGGGCUAUCAGGCACCGCCCGGCCAGGAAGAUAAUUAACGAACGCUACUCCCCUGAUGACCUCGAGUUCCAGGAGGUGCAUUUUGGCCUGAUAAUUCAGAGGAAGCCCCUGUUCUACAUCAUCAACAUCAUUCUGCCGUGCUCCCUCAUUUCCUCCUUGGUAGUACUGGCCUAUUUCCUGCCUGCACAAGCUGGGGGACAAAAGCUGACUGUGUCCAUCUCUGUCCUGCUGGCUCAGACUGUCUUUCUUAUCCUUGUGGCUCAGAAGGUUCCGGAGACUUCUCUCUCAGUCCCUCUUAUUGGCAAGUACGUGAUCUUUGUCAUGUCUGUCACCACUCUCAUCGUCACCAACUGUAUCAUCGUCCUCAACUACUCCCUCCGCAGUCCCAGUACCCACAACAUGUCCCGAUCCAUCAAACACGUCUUCCUGGAGGUUGUUCCACGUUUCCUAAGGGUGUCAUAUUUGGGGGACAACGGGGGCGAGAAUGCAGAAGGAGUGAGAGAGCACAGGGGGAGCACAUUCAAUAUGAUGCAGAGAGAGGAUGAGUACAUCCUGACACAGCCUCGCAGCGAGAUGAUGUUCGACAGACUGAAAGAGAGACACAGCGUCAGACAAACAUUUGCAGAUGGCAUUGAUGUCAGUACCACAGCCAGUCUGUAUAAAAGCCUUGCUCAAGCAGCCCCAGAGAUAAAGGAAUGUGUGGAUGCUUGCAACUUCAUCGCUGAGAGUGCCAAGCAGCAAAACGAUUUUGGAUCUGAAAUCGAGAACUGGGUGUUGAUUGGGAAAAUGAUUGACAAGGUGUGUUUCUGGGCUGCCCUUCUCCUCUUCUCCAUUGGGACAGUGGCAAUCUUCCUCACGGGACAUUUUAACCAGGCCCCUGACGUCCCUUUCCCUGGAGAGAACUUCCCUUUCCCUCCUCCAGGGAAGUGACGAAUCAUCAGUUUUUGCAACCAUUUUUUAAACGGUUAACCGGUUAACCGAUACUGCUUAUGGACGCUAGGGGUCGUUCCUUUUGUCUUUUUUUACUGGAUUACUGAGAAAUUGAAUAGCAUUUUCAAACUUUAUUUUGUGCCAUCUCAGUAGUUAAAUGUCAACAUUGUAAGUCAGAUAAUAGGAAGUCAGCCUAAGUGCCAAAUUAAAUAUUUACAUUUACAUUGA